UUGCCGAUUUCGUCAUCAUCAUAGUCUCCAUCACCAGCAUCUUUGCCGAGGCUUCCAGAUCCUUCUCUCGGAAACCUCCCAAAUUUCAGCUACCAUCACCACCUGCUUCUUCUUCCAGCCCCUAAUUUCCAUUAUCAUCCCCAUCUUCACCGUCAUCUUUUCGAUCUCAUCAUCACCAAUAUCUCCGGUCAUCAAGCAGCUCAAAAAAAAAAAAAAACGAAAAGAAAAGAAAAGAAAAGACGGAGCAGAUCUGGGUUUGACGAGGAAGGGGUUUGGCAGCCAAAAAUAAGGGGACUUUUUCCCCUACUCUAAGCAUUCCCUUUUUCUAUUCUUUUCUUUCCUUUCUUCCUGUCAUGCCCCAGAACCCAAAUCCGAGGCGCGACAAACACCGUGCACUCAUGAGACGGGUCCCACAAGUGCACAGGGCUUGGAACUUAUCAUAUCACACUCUGAUACCACCAAAAUCUAAAGAUCAAAUUAUAAAAUUCUCUCUGAUAUCAUAAAAUCUCCAAAUACAAGAUCAUGAUUUAUUUCUAAAAUCUAUAUCAAUCUCGAAAUGGCUAGUUUUCUAACUCGUCACUUCUCGUGGUUUUCCUGUCCUCGGUUUCACUUCCUGAAAUGGUGGACAAGGAAAAACUAUGAGAUAAACUCAGAGCAGCCGGCGGUGAGGAAGGAAGAACAGAGCAGAUCCAGAUUUCCAGCAGGGGGGAGAAUUUCUGGGUUCCAAAUCAGGUUCUUGGACAAGAAAAGAGGAGAAAAACACAAGCUUCUCACUGGUUUUCUCAAAGGCUGGCUAGGUAGUGAAGGAGCUGGUCCCAUGGGUGGGAUCCCUCCCAUCAAAUCUGGAUUUAUUUUGCCGUGGGUGUUUCUGUUUCAUCCUCAUUUUCAUCCUCAUCCUCAUCCUCAUCCUCAUCAAUAUCAUGUUCGUCAUUCUCUUCAUCGUAGGUUGCUUGCAGAACCCCUUGCUAGGAACCCAGCAAGGGGGUUCGGUGAGGAACCCAAUUGUUGGGUUCCUUGCAGAGCCCAGAUUUGGGUUUCACAAACCCAGCAAUUGGGUUCUGCCUGGGUUUUGCAAACCCAGGUUUUGGGUUCCUCACGGAACCCCCUUGCUAGGUUUGCGGAACCCAGAUCUGGGUUCCGCGAAGAGGUUCCACGAACCCAGCAAAAGGGUUCCCUGAGGAACCCAAAACUUGGGUUCGUGAAACCCACAAGGAGCCUAGCAACUGGUGAGGAUGAGUAUGAUGCCGUGGAUGAGGAGAAAGAAGAUGAUUAAGAAAUUAAAAUUAAUCCUAUUUA